CGGUGCUGUCCGCUCGCCGAGCCAUGCGGGUGCGCGUUGUAGGGCGCUGGUAGGAGCUGCCCGGAGCCCAGCCCGCCCCGCCGCCCCCUGCUCUGCCCGCCCGCCGCCGCCCGCAUGGCAGCGCCGCGGCAGUGACCGCGCGGAGAAGGUCUGCGCGCCCGCCGUGCGCACGGCUCGGCUCGGCCGGGCGGCUCUCGGGGUCCGCAGCCCGCGGAGCCGUCCCUGAGGAAGAGUCUCUGGCGCUUGUCAAAAUGAGAGAGUGACCUUCAGAGCCUGGCUUGGUAUUCCUGUCACUGGAGCCUUCAGGAGCCAGCACUCAGCCCAGCUGAAGCCAGAGGAGGAAGGUGGAGAAGCACAGCCUGAUCAGGAGUUCCAAGAGUCAGAGCGGAUCGUAGAGGAAACUGAAGCUGCUUUUGUACUCUGUUUGAGGAAUGUUUACCCUUGCAGAAGUUGCAUCGCUCAAUGACAUCCAGCCAACUUACCGUAUCUUGAAACCAUGGUGGGAUGUAUUUAUGGAUUAUCUUGCUGUUGUUAUGUUAAUGGUUGCCAUUUUUGCUGGAACCAUGCAGCUGACAAAAGACCAGGUGGUCUGCUUGCCAGUUUUGCAGUCUACUGUAAAUUCAAAAGUGCAGCCUGAUACAUCAGGAAAGGCUGACUUUACCACUGUUGAAACAACCACUGGUCAAGGAGAAGAAGCAUCAAUGAGAACUGUUUCCUUUGAAAGUACUACUGUAAGACCUGACAUUUUUCUGAGCGGAGCUACCUCUUCUCAGUAUCAAUCCACUGAAUCAGGUCAGGAGCUGAAGAAGGAGCAGAAAGAUUCCUCAGGCCGUAAAACAAAUUUGGAUUUUCAGCAGUACAUAUUUAUUAACCAGAUGUGCUAUCAUUUGGCUCUUCCGUGGUACUCAAAGUAUUUUCCCUAUCUUGUUCUCAUCCAUACUAUCAUUUUGAUAGUCAGUAGCAAUUUUUGGUUCAAGUAUCCCAAGACUUGCUCAAAAAUUGAGCAUUUUGUGUCUAUAUUGGGGAAGUGUUUUGAGUCCCCUUGGACUACAAAAGCAUUGUCCGAAACGGCAUGUGAGGACUCCGAGGAGAACAAACAGAGGUUAACUGGUGCCCAGUCCCUGCCCAAGUAUGUUUCCACUAGCAGUGAUGAAGGAAGCCCAAGUGCUAGCACUCCCAUGAUAACCAAAUCUGGCUUCAAAUUUUCAGCUGACAAGCCGAUGAUUGAGAUUCCCAGCGUCACGAUUUUAGAUAAGAAAGAUGGAGAACAAGCCAAAGCACUGUUUGAGAAAGUCCGUAAGUUCCGGGCUCACGUGGAAGACAGUGAUCUGAUUUAUAAGCUCUAUGUUGGCCAGACUGUCAUCAAGACUGUCAAGUUCAUAUUUAUACUCUGCUAUACUGCGAACUUUGUCAACACCAUUAGUUUUGAACACAUUUGCAACCCGAAAGUGGAACAUCUGAUUGGCUACACACAGUUUGAAUGUACACACAAUAUGGCUUAUAUGUUGAAGAAGCUGCUUAUCAGCUAUAUUUCCCUCAUUUGUGUGUAUGGUUUUAUCUGCCUCUACACGCUUUUCUGGCUGGUCCGAAUACCUUUAAAAGAAUAUUCUUUUGAAAAGGUCAGAGAAGAGAGUAGCUUCAGUGAUAUCCCUGAUGUCAAAAAUGAUUUUGCAUUUCUCUUGCAUAUGGUAGAUCAGUAUGACCAGCUGUAUUCUAAGCGAUUUGGUGUCUUUUUGUCAGAGGUGAGCGAGAACAAACUACGCGGCAUUAGUUUAAACCAUGAAUGGACUUACGAAAAGCUUCGGCAACAUGUUUCCCGCAAUGCCCAGGACAAGCAGGAGCUGCACCUCUUCAUGCUGUCGGGGGUCCCGGAUGCAGUGUUUGAUCUGACGGAUCUGGAUGUGUUGAAACUGGAGCUGAUUCCUGAAGCAAAAAUUACAGCCAAAAUUUCCCAGAUGACAAAUCUUCAGGAGCUUCAUCUGUACCACUGCCCUGCAAAGGUCGAGCAGACGGCCUUCAGCUUCCUCCGGGACCACUUGAGAUGCCUUCAUGUGAAGUUCACAGAUGUUGCAGAAAUUCCUGCGUGGGUGUAUUUGCUCAAAACCCUCCGUGAAUUGUACUUGAUAGGCAACUUGAACUCUGAAAACAAUAAAAUGAUAGGGCUUGAAUCUCUUAGAGAGUUGAGACACCUUAAAAUUCUCCAUGUGAAGAGCAAUUUGACCAAAAUUCCCCCCAAUAUCACAGAUGUAGCACCACAUCUGACAAAACUAGUCAUUCAUAAUGAUGGCACUAAGCUUGUGGUACUCAAUAGCCUUAAGAAAAUGACUAAUGUUGCGGAGUUGGAACUGCAGAACUGUGAACUGGAGAGAAUUCCCCAUGCCAUCUUCAGUCUUUCUAACUUACAGGAGCUGGAUUUAAAGUCAAAUAGCAUACGCACAAUUGAAGAAAUCAUCAGUUUCCAGCAUUUAAAAAGACUGACUUGUUUAAAGCUGUGGCACAAUAAAAUAGUUAGCAUUCCUUCCUCCAUUACCCACAUAAAGAAUUUGGAGUCUCUUUAUCUCUCAAAUAACAAACUCGAAACCUUACCUGCCGCAGUGUUCAGUUUACAGAAACUUAGGUGUUUAGAUGUAAGCUUCAACUCAAUUGCGGUGAUUCCAGUGGAAAUAGGUUUGCUUCAAAAUCUUCAGCAUUUUCACAUCACAGGAAACAAAGUCGACGUUUUGCCAAAACAGUUGUUUAAAUGUGUUAAAUUGAGGACUUUGAGUCUGGGACAAAACUGUAUUACCUCAAUCCCAGAUAAAGUAAGUCAGCUGUUGCAGCUGACUUACCUGGAACUGAAGGGAAACUGCUUGGACCGUCUGCCAGUUACGCUGGGGCAGUGUCAGCUUCUCAGGAAAAGUGGGCUCGUAGUGGAAGAUCACCUCUUUGAUGCUUUGCCCUCAGAAGUUAAGGAGGUGUUGAAUCAAGACACAAGCAUUCCCUUUGCUAAUGGGAUUUAGACGGAGGUGAAGUGCUCUGAUAGCUGACUUCCAAAUGGCAGAUGCUAAAAAGUACAGCAGUUGUGAGACAUGUGUUUUAGAAAGCAGAAUUUGUUGGAAGGCAGGACUGCUAGCAGGAUUAGAAGAGGUAUAACUGAGUGUUCAAUGUUUGCAGUGUUUCAAAAGAUCAUUUCCAAAAUUUUUGAGAGGAUAAAGAACCUUAAUAAUCUCAAUUCUUUUUUCCUUAAAUUGUUUGUAACUUGGAUGCUGCCGCUUUUGAAUGUUUACAAAUUUGCUUGCCUGCUUAAAGUUAAUGAUUAAAUUGAUGACCUUUUCUUACUAUGCAAGUUAUUCCUUAAGGUCUGGUUUUAUUUUAGUGCAUUAUGGGGAGGAAAACCAAGGCUAAAUGUUGUAUAUGGUAUGUGUCUAACAGCACUUGAAGCACACACUGAAUUGUGUUGUUAGUGUUUAGCCAUCCUUGGCAAAUAAAAACAGUUUGGCUGUGAUUUGAACUGCA